UUCACGUUCUCUGUUUUUUCAGUGGAUGUGACUCUGGAUUCUGAUACAGCUCAUCCUCAGCUCAUCUUGUCUGAUGACGGAAAACAAGUGAGAUGUGGAGACAUUUGGCAGAAACUGCCAAACAACCCAGAGAGAUUUGAUCACAGUCCAUAUGUCCUGGGAAAGGAAGGAUUCUCCUCAAGGAGACUGUAUUUUGAGGUGCAGGUGAAGGGAAAGACUAACUGGACUUUAGGAGUGGCCCAAGAAUCCAUUAACAGGAAGGGAGUGAUCAAACUGAGACCCAGUAAUGGAUUUUGGACUGUGCAGCUGAGGAAUGAAAAUGAAUAUAAAGCCUGUGCUGGUCCCACUGUCUCUCUGUCUCUGACAGUGAAGCUGCAGCGGGUCUGUGUGUUUGUGGAUUAUGAGGAGGGUCUGGUCUCCUUUUAUGAUGUAGAGUCCAGCUCUCAUAUCUACUCUUACACUGGUCAGUCUUUCACUGAUAAACUCUAUCCAUAUUUUGGCCCAUCCUUAAGCUAUGCAGGUGAAAACUCAAUCCCACUGAUUAUCACACCUGUCACUUGCAAUAAAUGAAUUUACAUUCCUGAUAUGAAAGAUAAAAAUAUUAUUUUUUAUGUGAAAACAUUAUGUAUGUGGGAUAAAGGGUCUUUAAGGUUUGUUUUUCAGUUUUGAGAAUCUGCUAUAAAUAUAUAACUUUAAUCUAUGUAAUGUAAUGCUUGUUUAUUCAAGGCAUUUUCCCA